GACUGAGGAAGAAGAGUGGCGCACACAAUGCACUGUACGCUUGACAAGGGUUGUGUCUCCCUGAUUUUCAGGAUAAAUUUCCAAUUCAGUCUAAACUUGUAACGGGGCAGCAGCGAAGCCUUUCAGUUUCCCUGCGUUUUAUUCCCGCCGUGGAUUUCGUGAGGAGAAGAAAUCGUGUGAGCGAAAACCUCGGCGACUGGUUCAACUUCUCCUAAACAUUGGAUUACACUGUGAAGGCUGCAUGAAGGAGUUGCCCAGCCCAACGGGGGCUUGGCCGACACCCUCGUUUAUGGAAAUCGACACCGAGGCUUUCAUAUUUGGGCCUUGAUUUUUUUCUUUAUGAUGGGGAUUAAUAGUGGGACGAUUUGGGGUUAAAUCAGCGGUCAGUUAUUAUUGUACGAGUGACUGGCUGAUUCAAAGCGUCCGUUUUGCUCCCUUUAACAUUUGAGAGGCUUGUGGCUUAGCUGGCUAACAGCUGGAUCGGCUAACGCUAUCUAGCUAGACUCAGUGCUAGCGUUACGUCUUUCUUUUGAUGUGAUGCGAAUUCAACCAUUAUUAUCGGCCACAAGCAUUUCGACAGGACGUUAUUUUGUUCUUCAGUGUGUGGAUUAGCAGCUAGCUUUACACUGCGUUAUCCGGCUUGUCAGUCUUUCCAAACACAUUUAAAGAAUAUAGGUUUAUUCUUAAGUUGUUGCGUGAAUAUAUUGUAAUGUAUUGAGUUAGCCGUGUACAUGCUAACCAAAUAAGCAAAGGCUAAUUGGCUGGAGUCAACACUGACCUAGCUAGCAGUAGCGUUAACUACUUUAACUCAGACAGCUCCUUUACUCCUUAAAUUUGGAGUAAUAUGAAGUAACUGUCAGCAACAAUACUUUACGUUACGGAAAAAUACCAUGGCCACAGAUGCGUUAAUGUCGGAUCUUUAUGUUACUGGCCUUGCUAACUGUUAGCUAACCGUAUCAUUUUGCUAAUAAAAUUGUCGGCGUGUGCAGAAAUAGGAAAUUCUAGAGCGGUUUAAGCAGUGCUAAGGUUGGGGUGAUUUUCUUUUUGAAAACUAUCUAAGGGUGAUUUGGCCUGGUUCGCUAGCAACACACCCAGACGUGUCCUUUUUUGUUUACAUGCGUAUAACUUAUGUGGUUGUCUGUUCAAUUCCGUGCUAGCUAGCUAACGUUAGCCUUCACCGAGACACAGUCAGCUAUGUCCUGACAUUUGUGUCGUGGAUGAUUUAAAUUCCCAUGUGAAUCUAAGUUUCAUUGAAAUGACACUAAAAUUUCGCCGAAAGAAAGGGACUGAUGCCAAUAGACUGUUGUCAGAGGACGGUAAAUAAGCCACUGGUUUCAUUAACGCCAUUUUAACAGGGCUCCCAGCGAGGGCCUGUGUGGUGGUGUUUUAUUUGCGGUUCGGUGCCUUCCGCCGGACCGGGACUUGAGAAAAGUGCCUUUGGUCUCAUUGGAGUUGGAAAAGGAGCUUGGAACAUGGAGGGUCCGAGCCGAGGCACUGGAUUCAGACAGAGCCGAAGGUCGCGUUCACAGCGUGACCGAGAGCGGCGGCGGAGGAGAGUCGACCUGGCCGAGGAGCGGGCCACAUCCCUGUCCUCAGGCUCCGAUCGGGAGGCUUGUGGGACGAACAGCGUCCUGGGUCCCGGUGGGAGAGAAUGUCGGCCCGGUUUUGGAAGACACAGGCCUCCACGGCGUAGGAAGCGAGAGUCUGUGUCCUGCGAGGAAGACCUCAUUGACGGCUUCGCUAUUGCGAGCUUUAUCAGCUUGGAGGCACUGGAGAUGGACUGUUCCCUGAAGCCCAGUCAGCGCACAGAUAUGCUUGGAAGGAGGAACAAGGGGAAGCGAGGGCCUGAGGAGAACGGUGGAGGGCCACUGUCAGAGCCGGAGGAGGGAGCCCCACACAGCUAUUCCAGCAGCUGUUUGAAGAAGAGAGAGAACAAGAGAAGGAAGUUAGAGGGGCAGCCUUUGGAGACUGGCUACAUUUGCGACACUGAGAGUGACACAGGAGACAAGGCCUCUGACAAUGACGUGGAUCCAAUGUUUACAGUCAGUACUAAGAAAGUUGUGGAGCCUGCUCCCUCAAACAUCGGCACAUCCAUGGGCAAGAACUGUCUGUCUCUGUCGGCACGUUGUGGUGUCUCGCGCCUGACGGUGACGCCGCGAGUAUCUGGGCUGGAGCGAAGUCAGGAGAAAAGCCUGGAGCUGCAUUUCCCAGAGCUUGAUUCUUCUACCUCUUCUGCCUCCCGCCCGCCUUCCUUUCCCCCGGGCACAACCGUGGGCUCCCGGCGCAGCCCGAUAAAUGUUAACAACCGCCACAUUGGCAGCCCCCCACUCUCUAAACACAAGCCCUUCCUCUCUCUCCCUGGACGACCUCACAUCUACAACAGGAGCAGCACUCCAGUCAAACCUGCAUCUACAUCUGUUGCAUCUGCAUCACCCUCCAUGCGUCCCUCGACUCCGUCCACGAGUGUGGCCCCACCCUACAUGAGGGGCACAGGAUCCUCUGGGCCACUACGACCACCAUCCCGGGCCAGCUCUGGGGCGCUAUACACGUCCUCACCUGGUCUGCCUCCACCGCCUCCUCUGCUCCAAGCUCCUGCCCACUCAGCAGCAGCAGCAGCAGAGCGCGAGGGCAGACGCAGCGUUCCAGGGGCUGAAAACAGCGCCGCGGCUGCAGGCCGCAGCACUCCCGGCGGUGCAUCAGCAUCGAGUUCCGCACAGAGCUCAUCAGGCCGGACGUCUCAGAACCAGCCGAGCAUUCAGCCCCUUGCCUUCCAGUUCCAUCAGCACAACCACCAGCACCAACACACGCACACGCACCAACACUUCACUCCCUUCCUGCACCCCACAGCUACCGCGCCGCCUCUGUUUGAUAAGUAUCCAGGCAAAAUGGACGGGCUAUACCGAAACCCUUUCUUUCCACAAUUCCCGCCACCCUCAGUGCCGAGUAUCCCACCUGUGAUUCCUCCCACUGGACCUUUCAGCUCUUUACAAGGAGCAUUUCAGCCAAAGCCUCUUGUCCCUCAGGGAACGGGUCCUGACAUAACUGCACGUCUUGGAGUUGUGCCUCACCACCUGCAGCCCAAAGACCCCAGGCUAACUGAUCCAUUUGGGACAUCGUUGAAAAUCAGUAAUAAACCAGGAAAAUGGUGUGCUAUGCAUGUGUAUGUGGCCUGGAUGAUUCUAAACCAUCAGAAGAAAGUAAAGCAGAUGCAGGCUGAUCCUCACAAGCUGGACUUCCGUAGCGACCUGCUGGCCCGUCUUCCUGGGGCCGGAGGCCUCGGACCCCUGGGGCCCAUGGGCGCAGCCCUACCGCCCACACAUGAUCUGACCAGACCUCCUAGUCUGUUCUCAGCUGCAGGUGCAGUCAAUCCGUCCUCAGCCCCUUUCAUCUCGCCAUCAGCCCCACACUCCUCUUUCCUUGCACCAGCUGCACAUUUAGAUCCAUAUGGACGAUCCCCACCCUUCACUCCACUGGGAGCCCUGGGUUCUGGUGCCUUUGGUGGACUUGGCAGUCCAACACUGGCAGGCCUCCACAUUGGCCCUAAAGACUCACCAGCUGGUGUGGUUGGGGGCUUGCCCACCCCCAACCAUCAUGACCCAUGGCGUCUACAUGGUGGCCCUUCUGGGUUCCCUGCUGGCUCCAGCUGGGCUAAAGGCGCAGACAAGAGGGACGAGAGGGAUCGAGGAAAAGACGGGGAAAGGAGAGAAAUCCCACACAUCAAGGAUGAAAAGGACAGAGACAAUAUGCUGUAUGGCCGACCACCUGUGAGAAUGUCUCCAGUUGGCCCCAACUUCAAGCCCCGCAGUAGCACUCCACUCUCCCACAUUAAUGGCCACAGCAGUGCUCUGGGUGUGACCAGUGGCCCUAUUGAGGACUUGACACGCAGCUUGAACAGGAACAGAGACCGAGACAGAGAUGGAGACAAGAGGCCAUUGGCCACAGUGUCUUCGCGGGUUCCUCCUGUUGGCCCUUCAUCUUUAGUAGCAGACAGAGAUAGACCAAGGUCUUCCUCAUCAUCUGUUCUCACUACUCCCCCACCAUCCAACCGCUCUGCUCAAUCUCCACUGGACCUUUACCCCCGCUCACUAGCCCCAACAGCACACAGCCUCCACGGCGAACCCUCUCACUCCCAGAAGGACCAGCCUGCGUCAUCGGCUUCAGCCUCUGUUUCUUCUUUGUCUCAGGCAAAGAAGUCUGACCGAACCACAACGCCAGUCUCCAAACCGCCUCACCCUUUCUCUAUUAAAGUAAAGGAGGAGAGAAAAGAGGAGCCAGAGCAUAUUCCCAUCACUCUGCCUCCCCCAGCAACCAACCACAGCUUUGACCGCCCAAACAGCCAUCCUCAUCAUCCAAGUUCUGGGACUCCUUCCUCUUCAUCUUUAUCACUGACUCCUACCCCUGGUGUUCCCCUCCCACCACCCACUCCAAAUCCCUCCCACCUUUCCCUUCUGGAACGGUCAAGACUUGAAGCAUAUCUGGGGGGCCCAGCAGGUCCUGCAGGGUUGGUAGUGGGUCCAGGAGACCGUUUCCCCCAUGGCCCAGUCCAAGGGCCAUCGCAGGGUCCACAUAGCUUUACAUGGGAUCCCUGGAGAGAGCUGGCAGCUCAGCAGCAACAUCAGCAUCGUAGGGAGGCGUUGGCACUUCAUUCUGAUCCUCACCUCGCCCUGCGAGCCGACCCACAUCUGGCUCGGCUGCUCCAGCAUCAGCGCCUUUUCGAGGCAGCAGCGGCAGCCAACCCUCACCACCCUCCAACUCCUACCUCUUCUGCUUCCACCUCUGUUGUUCGCCAGGAAUUCGGCCUCAUGCACCAUCCUUUUGACCGGCCCCCUCAGCUUGGACCCCCGGGAGGAGGUCUUAUUGAUGAGGAGCAGCGUGCCCAGAUUUUGAGGGAAGACUUUGAGCGAGCUCGCUACUUUGGAAUGCACCCACACCUCCCACCUGGCUCUCACCUCUCCAGCCCCUCUCAUGCUGCUACUGCCGCUCAUCUGGAGCAUCUCCACCCUGGCCUUCUCGCCCACACGCUUCCACCCGGAGCCGCUGCUGCUUCCCAGCACCACGCAAGCCUCUACCCCAGACUAGGCCCACUUACCCCACACCAUGUGCCCAAUGGCAUUCUGGGGAAGACCCCUGCAGGCUUGGUGGGAGCACUGGCAGUGGGGGCACCCCCUCCACUCAUUCCGUCCACCAGCCGGUCGUCCACAUCUCCCCGCAGACUUCCAGGUGAGCUGGCACUGUACAGUGCCCACAAAGACGGAGAGUCCAGAUAGUACAGGGACAAUAGUGGAGGAGAUUAAGGGAAAUGUCAGGAUCACUGUGCUGCUCUCAACCUGCCCCAUUUCCCUCUUGUGGACUACUAACCCAGCCCUACCAGUCACAAUCAAACCAGUUCCAGGUCCCCUUCUCAUAAAAAGGGAAACCAUAACAAGGAGGUGAGGGUAGAGAGGGAAAUGCAAGAUGUCUGAGUGUGACUAAGAAUAUGCCCAUGGUUCUGUCAGUGCAAUUGAAAGGUACAUGGUUUCUGUGCAUCCUUGUUGUAUUUUUAUUUUAUACUGACUGUUGGUUAUUACAGCACUCGCGUUCAGAAGCUGUGGGAUGAGGCAGAGGACAGCUUUUUUUUUCUCCAUUUGUCAGGUGAAAUGUGAUCAAUACUUUUCCAGGAGUAUUGGACAUUACUUCCAGUGGGAUGUACUCUUGGAUCACACCUUUUUAAGGGUUCAUCCUCUGCUUGGGAUAUUAUAAGGCCCUCCUCCUUCAAACUUCAGCCAUGAUCAGGUAUUAUGGAUGAGGACUUUUAGAGUGGUGACGUGGUGCUUUCUGUUCCGUCUUAGUGUCUUUUAGAUUAAUGGAGACCAUGUAAUGAAGAUCAGAAAGCAUUGUACCUCAGUUUCCUGCUUUACCUAAAAAAAAAAUUUACUCCAAACCCUCAGCUUCACUGAGAUUCCCUUGUUAGCUCGUUACUUUUAUUUAGUUUUUUUUAUUGUUUUGUUUUCAAAGGAUGAAUGGCAAAAUGAACUGUGCUACACUGUGUAAGUGAACACAGUAUUUUAGAGCUUCCUGUAACUGUUUCCCAGUCUCCUCUUGACUAUAUGAGCAGGACCAGAUUAUAGUAGUCUAGAGAAAUUGCCUUUGUAAUUAUUAUUCUCAACAAUAAUUAUCUUCUAUAAUAAUAAAUAUAUUCACUGUUAUGUUAUUUGUCAUUGUUUCGGGUAUCAACCAGUACACUCUCCCUAAGUAGUACAGUUUCAAACCAUGCAAAAGACAAAAUAAAUGGCUUGUGUCACAGGUAACCUUUGCUAGUGAACCUUAAGCCCUCUUCACUGCAACCUCUGGCCUCUUCACGGAUCUAAUGACUUUACUAUGCUGAGGGAGAGAAACAGAGAGGUUUUCCUGUGUGUUACUGGUUGUGUGUUCUAUCCAUUUUGGACUAUGGGAGCCUUGUACAUUGAACUGUCAAGUUGUUUCACCAACAGAAGUAAGUUAUAUACAUGGAUAAGUGGGACAUCUGCUGAAGAACUGAAAAAAAAUAUAUAAGGACUUGUGUCAAAAGACAACAUGACAGUGGGUAACCUGAGAGGGACAAGACUGGGUCGAUUAUUUUAAUAUGACCAUUUUAUACCUUUCGAACCCCUCCCCUAGAGACCACAAAGAUUGAUUAUUAAAUGAAUUGUUGUUUA